AUGUACCAGUAUCUCUAUAUCCAAUACAUUUGUGGGUAUGAACCUGCGACAGGGCAAUGCGUCGUUAUAGAAUGUCCUGAGCCUAAACCCGGUGCCUCUCAUGCUGGCAACCGUUAUCACUGCAUUUGCCGGCACCUCUUGGACGACGACCAAUAUCGAGGGUUCGAGCGCUGCCCGGAAUGUUAUGGUAAUCUACCCGAUAACUUGCAGUAUACGGAGAAAAUCAGUGAAAGAACUAGUGGUACAAUAGACGGCGAGGAAUAUAAUGAGAAAGAAGAUAUUAUUGCUCUUCCCGACUCGGCAUCUAUGACCAGCUGCAGAGCUACUGAAGAUGAGUGGGAAGACGAUAUCUCUCUCCAGACUUCGUAUACAGACCUAAAGUCUCAAACGUUAAAAAGGCUAAAACGUCUACAGCAGAGAGCGGAGGUUUCUUUCCCGACUUGCCGUAGUACAUGCACAGAGGGCGCCACCGAUGUAUCGGUAUUAGAUGGCUGCGACGAUGGCCACGGAAACGGACGACAAUCACCAGAUCUAGAUCUGAUGUUUGAGCUGGAACUCGAUUAUCCCGAUCCUGAGUCCACGGCGUACUUCUCGAAGGAGGUGAGCACGGAUGAAUCGGUUUGUAACUCUUUGGAGUGUAUUGGAAAACCAUGCACACGAUCGUACCAGAAACUUUGGCAUAGCUCUAAUCUUGCCUAUUCCUCCGCUUACUUCGGCGUAGCCCUAUAUAGAUACCGGUCACCGGCGACAUCGGCUGCCGUUCUUCCCUUUUUCAUUCGGGGGGUGCAAACUGCCUGA